UCCAAUUAUCAGACCGUACAAUAUCGGUACGGCUCAAUAAUUCACAACCUGAUAAUGCACGACCCAAUAAUGCAAAGUUAGAUAAACCGUGUACAAGCAAAUCUCUCUUCUCACGGAAUGUCAAAUUGCGUUCGUUUGUCUCCAUAAGCGACAGUUUAGAUUUAAAUAAUCUUAAUAUAAUUAAAGUGGUGCCUUUUUACUGCUGUUUGUGAUCAACUUACCAUCAUCAUCAUAUUUCUCCUUAUCCUACUACCGUAGGAUCGGCGUAGUAGCUGUAUCUCAACUUACUAUGGAAUCAUAUUCGAAUAAACCUGGUAUGCCGAAGAAGUCAAGCCGAGAUAUGGCAAAGAAAUAUAAACUUACACCACAGUUCAGAAUUCCUGAAGGGGUAACCAAACGAAAGGAGUUAUUGAAUAACAGAAGGAAAAUUGUGAAAGCAUCUAAUUUCGAUGCUAGUAGGGAUCUAGAAAAGCCCAUUGAAGAAGUUAUAAAUCCCAAAAAACAGUAUAAGCAAAGGUUGUUGGAGCGGAAACCAAAAAAAGGAAAUCAGGAAAAAGAACCUGCAAAAAAAUUAAAACCUUUUUUAAGUGGAACUGUUAAAGUUCCACUGUAUUAUGUUCCACCACCGCCACUGCCCAAGAUUAAACAAAAAGAUAAAGUUGUAAAUGCCAAUAAACAGGUUCCUAAUAUUCCAAAGAAUAAUGAGUCUAACAUAAGUAAAAAAUAUCAAUUCAUACCUUCUAAGAAAGAAAAAUACCAAACUGUUUCAAAGGUCGGUCAGCUGAAAUCACAAGCUGGCCCCAGUUACAAGUCAAAACUUAGUACAAAACAAGGGUCGGACAAUCAAAUCGCAGAGAAAGUUAUCUCAGAGGAAGAUGCCACCAUUAUAAAGUUAGAAACACAAUUCAAAUCAGAGGUUGAUCGGAUUGUCAAGACGUGUGCCUCGUGGGAUAAAAUCUUCAAAACGACGAAACUUCCUGACUUUGCACAGAGUCUGGUGCUGGGGGCGACGGGCCAGGGAAGGCUACUGGUGUCACAGAAGAUGGCGCAGUUCCGUUCGCUUUUAGAAACGAACAAGAAACAGAAGCAGGGGACGAGCGGCGAAGCGCGCCUUCUGUCACAAGACCUGCACGGCUUCUGGGACAUGGUCUACUUGCAGGUGAAAGACAUAGACAAAAGGUUUAGCGAACUAGAAAAACUGAAAGCAAACAAUUGGAAAGAGGAGAACUCCACCGAAAAUAAGAAACCGUCGAAAAAGGGCUGCACCAACUCUGCUGUCAAGCGUCAAAAGAAACCCGCAAUGAGGAGUCUCAUUCGAGGGCUAAUUUUAGAAGCGAGGAAGAAGAUGACUAAGAAACAUCCGGGUGAUGAGGAAGCAGGUGUUGAGACUCGCGAGACUGAGUCCUUUACCAUACAAUGGGCGACAAAGAAGGCAGAUGUUCAACUCGAGUUGCCGAGCACUUCUGGAAUUGUACCCGCGCAGUUUGCCAAGGAGCCGGGCGCGUCUUGUUCCACAAACACAACCUUCAAGGACCAGGAAGCUGUUAAGACACAACGUGGGGAACCUGAAUCGCUGGAAGGGGACUGCCUGGAAAAAGAGAAAAAUGUGAAAGGAUUAAAAAAGCACAAAACUGGAAAGGCUUUGGAAGAGGAAAAAAACAUUAAAGAAUUGCCUCAAAAGAAGGCUGAUUAAAGAUGGGUUAUCCAUCUUUAAACACAUCUUUCGAAUAACAGAACCGCGUGUGUAUGUGCGCUCUCCUCUCGCCGGCAACGCUGGCCACUACUUUUAAAUUUUAUUAAUAUUUAAGCUGUUUUAUUUUAUUAUUUAUGUAGUUUCAUAAUAAUCUGUGAAUAUAAUAAUUAAAAUAAUCUUGAAUAAGUAGAUGGAGUAAGCAAUGUUUUCAAUAUUUGAAGUGAUUAAUUUGAAAGUGGCCUAACUACUCCUUUUGAAGAUAAAUGCACUCGGUGAUGUUUGUUUUUCAAUAUUUUUCAUGAAUAAUAUUUCAAGUUUGGGAACAAUAUCUUUUUUUUUCUAAAUUCUGUUCACCUUUCUCUAUGUUCUAUAACUGAUCUUUUCUUUAAAAGAAGUUAGUUAAUAUUUCUUCUUAAAAGUUAAAGCAAUUAACUCGUAAUGAAGGAGUAAAAAAAUGGUGUUAGGCAAUUUUCAAGAAAACAUGUUUAUAAAAAUGUAAUUGAAUUAGUCACAAUGUUAU